AUGUACGUGGUCGCCGCCAUGGCGCCGUACCUCAGAUCCACGGUGGACGGCGUCUUGCCGGUUCGAAGGCUCGCGAGCCUUCACCUGGCGCACACGAUCGCGAAACAAGCGCGGAAUUCGCGCGGAGCGGCAGCGAGGGCCACCUCACAUCACCGUGCACGUCAACGAGCGACAUGCGCGUGCGUGCUCGAUGGCAGCACGGAGCGGACUGGCGCGAGGCGGUCGCGGCGGGCGCGCGCCGGCGCCGAGAGGGGCGGCCCCGCCCAUCGCCCGCCCGCCCCGCGCCACCCGCUCUCCCCGCCGCCCGCUAAUGACGCCGUAAUUGCGCCCCGCCCGGGCCCCGCGCCCCGCUACGCGCUCGCCCCUCGAACGCAUCGACACCUGAUUAUUUACAAACAUUAUCAUUACUUGUGCGCGAAUUGCGACGCGAUUUCGGCCGCUCCUGCUGCCUUGCUGUCUUGCUGCCUUGCUGCUGCGUCUGUUGAAUCGUAA